UCUGUUCCUCCAGCGGACUACAGCACCAGUGAAAUGCUGGUGAACAUGGGCAACCUGCCCCUGGACGAGUUCUACCCGGCGGUGGCCAUCGUCACUUUGAUGCGGAUCCUCAGAGACCCCUCGCUGUCCAACCACCACACCAUGGUUGUUCAGGCCGUCACCUUCAUCUUCAAGUCGCUGGGCCUCAAGUGCGUCCAGUUCCUGCCACAGGUCAUGCCCACGUUCCUCAACGUCAUCCGCGUUUGCGACGCCAGCAUCCGAGAGUUCCUCUUCCAGCAGAUGGGAAUGGUUGUGUCCUUUGUGAAGAUUCACAUCCGGCCAUACAUGGAUGACAUCUUCACCCUGAUCAGAGAGUACUGGACACCAAACAACCCCAUGCAGAACACCAUCAUCCUCCUCAUCGAGCAAAUCGUGGUGGCGCUGGGCGGAGAGUUCAAGCUCUACCUGCCUCAGCUCAUCCCACACAUGCUGCGUGUCUUCAUGCACGAUAACAGCACCGGCCGCAGCGUCACCAUCAAGCUGCUGAACGCCAUCCAGCUGUUUGGUGCCAAUCUGGAUGACUACCUCCACUUAUUGCUGCCUCCUAUUGUCAAGCUAUUUGAUGCCCCUGAUGUGCCCCUCCAGGCUCGCAAGGUUGCCCUGGAGACGCUCGACCGACUAACGGAGUCCUUGGACUUCACAGACUAUGCUUCCCGCAUUAUCCACCCGAUUGUUCGGACGCUGGACAGCACGCCGGAGCUGCGCUCCACCGCCAUGGACACCCUGUCCUCGCUGGUGUUCCAGCUGGGGAAGAAGUACCAGAUUUUCAUCCCUAUGGUGAACAAAGUGAUGCUGAAGCACCGGAUCAAUCACCAGCGCUACGACAUUCUGAUAUGUCGCAUUGUGAAAGGUUACACUCUGGCAGAGGAGGAAGAGGACCCUUUAAUCUUUCAACACCGGCAGAUUCGGGGCAACCAAGGCGACGCUCUGGUCAGCGGCCCCGUAGAGCCAGGCCCCAUGAAGAAACUCCAUGUUAGCACGACUGCACUCCAGAAGGCCUGGGGUGCUGCUCGGAAAGUGUCCAAAGAUGACUGGCUGGAGUGGCUGAGGCGUCUGAGCGUUGUCCUGCUCAAAGAGUCGUCCUCCCCGGCUCUGCGAUCGUGCUGGUCUCUGGCACAGACGUACAUCCCUCUUGCCAGAGACCUGUUCAACGCUGCUUUUCUGUCCUGUUGGUCGGAGCUGAGUGAAGACCAGCAGGAUGAGCUUAUCCGCAGCAUCGAGUUAGCUCUCACCUCUCAAGAUAUAGCCGAGGUGACGCAAACGCUGCUUAACUUGGCAGAAUUCAUGGAGCACAGUGAUAAGGGCCCUCUGCCCCUCAGAGACGAUAAUGGCAUCGUUCUGCUUGGAGAGAGAGCCGCCAAAUGUCGUGCCUACGCCAAGGCACUGCAUUACAAGGAGCUGGAGUUCCAGAAAGGCCCCUCUCCUCUCAUCUUGGAGUCUCUAAUCAGCAUCAACAACAAACUGCAGCAGCCAGAGGCGGCAUCAGGAGUUCUAGAAUAUGCAAUGAAACAUUUUGGUGAACUGGAAAUCCAAGCCACUUGGUAUGAGAAGCUUCAUGAGUGGGAGGACGCCCUGGUGGCUUAUGAUAAGAAGAUCGACAUGAACAAAGAGGAUCCGGAGCUGAUCCUGGGCAGGAUGCGCUGCUUGGAGGCCUUGGGAGAAUGGGGUCAGCUGCACCAGCAGUGCUGUGAAGAGUGGACGCUGGUCAGUGAAGAGACUCAGGCCAAGAUGGCUCGUAUGGCCGCUGCAGCUGCCUGGGGUCUAGGACACUGGGAUAGCAUGGAGGAGUAUACAUGUAUGAUCCCCAGAGACACACACGACGGCGCUUUUUACCGAGCAGUUCUAGCUCUCCAUCAGGACCUCUUCUCAUUGGCUCAACAGUGCAUUGACAAAGCCAGAGAUCUCCUGGAUGCUGAGCUGACGGCCAUGGCUGGAGAGAGCUACAGCCGUGCCUACGGGGCCAUGGUGUCCUGCCAGAUGCUGUCUGAGCUGGAGGAAGUGAUCCAGUACAAACUGGUGCCGGAGCGGAGGGACAUCAUCAGGGAAACUUGGUGGGAGAGGCUGCAGGGUUGUCAGCGCAUUGUGGAAGACUGGCAGCGGAUCCUGAUGGUCCGCUCUCUCGUCAUCAGCCCCCAUGAAGAUAUGAGAACUUGGCUGAAAUACGCCAGCCUUUGUGGCAAGAGCUUACGCCUGGCUCUGGCCCACAAGACCCUGGUGCUCCUCCUUGGUGUUGACCCCUCCAAGCAGCUCGACCACCCGCUGCCCACCACCCACCCACACGUCACAUAUGCAUACAUGAAGUACAUGUGGAAGAGUAGCCGCAAGAUUGAUGCCUUCCAGCACAUGCAGCACUUUGUCCAGGGAGUCCAGCAGCAAGCCCAACAUGCCAUAGCAGCUGAAGAUCAUCAGCGCAAGCAGGAGCUCCACAAGCUGAUGGCCAGGUGCUUCUUAAAGCUGGGGGAGUGGCAGCUCAGCCUGCAAGGCAUCAAUGAGAGCACCAUCCCUAAAGUCCUUCAGUAUUACAGCAGUUCAACAGAGCAUGACCGCAGCUGGUACAAGGCCUGGCAUGCGUGGGCCGUCAUGAACUUCGAGGCAGUGCUGCACUACAAGCAUCAGAACCAGGGUCGCAAUGAGAAGAAGAAACGGCGACACGCCAGUGGGGCGAGCGCCGCCAGCGAGGCCAGCAACAGCGACAGUGAGGUGGACAGCGCCGACCACAGUCCCAUGCCCUCACCGGGCCAGAAGAAGGUCAAUGAGGACCUCUCAAAGACUUUGCUGCUCUACACAGUACCUGCUGUUCAGGGUUUCUUCCGCUCCAUUUCCCUCUCCAGAGGAAAUAACCUGCAGGACACACUCAGGGUUUUGACGUUGUGGUUUGAUUACGGCCACUGGCCUGAGGUGAACGAAGCUUUGGUGGAGGGAAUCAAGACCAUUCAGAUAGACACCUGGUUACAGGUGAUUCCUCAGCUCAUAGCUCGUAUUGACACGCCUCGAGCACUGGUUGGCCGUCUCAUCCACCAGCUGCUGACAGACAUCGGCCGUUACCAUCCGCAGGCUUUGAUCUACCCGCUCACCGUGGCCUCAAAGUCCACCACCACCGCUCGGCACAAUGCUGCUAACAAGAUCCUGAAGAACAUGUGUGAACACUGCAACACCCUGGUUCAACAAGCAAUGAUGGUGAGUGAGGAGCUUAUCCGCGUCGCUAUCUUGUGGCAUGAGAUGUGGCAUGAGGGCCUUGAGGAAGCUUCUCGUCUUUACUUUGGCGAGCGUAAUGUAAAGGGCAUGUUUGCUGUGCUGGAGCCACUGCACGCCAUGAUGGAGAGAGGACCACAAACCCUCAAAGAGACUUCAUUCAACCAGGCUUACGGCAGAGAUUUGAUGGAGGCCCAGGACUGGUGCAGGAAGUACAUGCGCUCUGGGAAUGUGAAAGACCUGACGCAGGCCUGGGACCUUUACUACCACGUGUUCAGACGCAUCUCCAAGCAGCUGCCUCAGCUCACCUCCCUGGAGCUGCAGUACGUUUCUCCCAAGCUGCUGAUGUGUCGUGACCUGGAGCUGGCUGUGCCUGGCACGUACGACCCCAACCAGCCUAUCAUUCGCAUCCAGUCCAUCGCUCCCUCGCUGCAGGUCAUCACCUCCAAGCAGCGCCCACGCAAGCUCACCAUCAUGGGAAGCAACGGCCAUGAGUUCAUGUUCCUACUGAAGGGCCACGAGGACCUGAGGCAGGACGAGAGAGUCAUGCAGCUGUUCGGCCUGGUCAACACACUGCUGGCCAAUGACCCAGCGUCUCUGCGCAAAAACCUCAGCAUUCAGCGCUACGCCGUCAUCCCUCUUUCCACCAACUCGGGCCUGAUUGGCUGGGUGCCCCACUGCGAUACGCUGCACGCCCUCAUCAGAGACUACAGAGAGAAGAAGAAGAUUUUGCUCAACAUUGAACAUCGCAUCAUGCUCAGAAUGGCACCGGACUACGACCAUCUGACGCUGAUGGAGAAGGUGGAGGUGUUCGAGCACGCCGUCAACAACACGGCUGGAGACGACCUGGCCAAGCUCCUGUGGCUCAAGAGCCCCAGUUCUGAGGUGUGGUUUGACAGAAGAACCAACUACACGCGCUCCCUGGCUGUGAUGUCCAUGGUCGGCUACAUCCUGGGCCUGGGCGACAGACAUCCAUCCAACCUGAUGUUAGAUCGGCUCAGCGGCAAGAUCCUCCACAUUGACUUUGGAGACUGUUUUGAAGUGGCGAUGACCAGGGAGAAGUUUCCUGAGAAGAUCCCAUUCAGACUGACGAGGAUGCUGACAAAUGCCAUGGAGGUGACGGGGUUGGAUGGGAACUACAGGAUCACCUGCCACACUGUGAUGGAGGUCCUGAGGGAGCACAGGGACAGCGUCAUGGCCGUCCUGGAGGCCUUCGUCUACGACCCACUGCUCAACUGGAGGCUCAUGGACACAAACACCAAAGGCACCAAGCGUUCCCGAACCAGGACCGACUCGUACACCGCCGGCCAGUCAGUGGAGGCGCUGGAUGGCAUAGACCUGGGAGAGACCACGCACAAGAAACCCGGGACCACGGUGCCUGAAUCCAUACACUCCUUCAUUGGAGAUGGUCUUGUGCAGCCAGAGGCUCUCAACAAGAAAGCCAUUCAGAUUAUCAACCGAGUACGCGACAAACUCACAGGGCGAGACUUUUCUCACGAUGACACGCUGGACGUCCCAACACAAGUGGAGCUCCUCAUCAAGCAGGCCACGUCCCAUGAAAACCUGUGCCAGUGCUACAUUGGAUGGUGUCCAUUUUGGUGAAGUCACAGCUGGAGGUCUCUGAUGUACCAAGAGGAGAACACGACGGAAAAACUCUCCCUAAAAAAGUUCUGAGUGCAGAACUGCUGGGAGUGAUGACAUUUUCUCUUUUCUUUUCAGUGAUUGUGUGAAUUACCUGUGACACUCUCUGAGAUUACGGUUUUUACUCCAUAAUUUAUCUAUUCAGUGCUCAAAACCACUUUCCAAAUUUUUAACAUCAUAAUUAUUUGCUAGAAGCUUUCUAUGGAGUGAAUAUUGUAAUAAGUUAUAUUUUGUACUUGGGAAAGGCCGAGUUGUUCUUAAAGCCAACCAUGGCCGUUAUCACUCUGCUAACGUGACAACUGCAUCUAUGUUUGCCCAUUGCUAACUGAAACACAUACUGUGAGGUGUGUUGGUGUGCCAUUAAAGCUUGUACAGAUCAAUGUAUUAGUGCUGAGUUCACAGAACUGAGCUGCUCAUCUUCUGCUGCGAGUUUAAACAUAAAGCAAAUAAAAUGUCCAAGCUCCUUGGAAAAAGUUAA